UGUGGAGAUGACAUCUCGUUCUCUGUUAGCAGGAAGACUUCUUCUUGUGCUCUCGUUGUUUCAAGGGACGGUAGAAGGGGUUGUUAAUUUUCUUGAAGCUCCGUCUGGUAUUGUUUACAUUUCUCCUAAUAACUUUCCUCCAAAGAGAGUGCUGUGUGUCACCAAUGAGAAGGCUGACAUCACAUGGGCUUAUCUAGACAGUGGUGUUGAAUUGAAGCCUUUUCAAUAUCCCAUUGUAGUGCUAAAUGACACUGCUAGUGCCAUGGAUGUCAGGAGACAAGAUGCUCUUAAUUUGCCAGGUUCAUUUACACUUUCUCGAAUACGUUGUCAAGCAGGAAAUGUUAACAGCAGUAGUUUUCUCUUUCAAUAUGGAGAAACACCUAGGGUAGCAACUAGCCCUAAGGAUGUUACAGUCAAGGAAGGGGAGCCAGCUGACUUUAGUUGUUCUUAUGAUACUUCAAGACAGCCAUUACCAAAGUUGACCAAAUGGAGAAUCACUGAUAAUAAUGGAAAUGUUAAGAUAGCAUUGGAGACCAGUGCAGUUGGAUCAGUUAGUACGUACAGCAUUUCAUCAACUGGUCCAUUUGAUGCAGGAAAGUAUGAAUGUUUUGGAGAAAACGAGUUUGAUACUGCUACGUCAUCACCAGCAACAUUGACAGUUCAAUAUUUUGGUAAUAUCACUUUGACUGUCAAACCAAGCACAACUGUUCAUGACAAGACUCAAGUAACAAUAGAAUGUACUGUAGAUGCAUUACCAGCAGCUGAGAUUGAACUAAGUCGUAAUGAUGGUAUAUUCUUGUCGUCUUCUAAUGCAACAUUGAAUAGAGAACUUGGAGGUACUAAAGAAGUUAAGUUAAAUCGUGUAAGUUACACAGUUGAUGCCAACAAGGAUUGGACAGGAAACAUAAAAUGCUAUGGAAAGAACAUAAUUGACAGUGGAGAGAAGUCAACAAAUUUUAUUGUACAAACACGUCCAUCCUCUCCAACACAGUGUGUAAAUAUGACAACAAUGGCAUCAGCUGAAUCUGUGACGUAUUAUUUUAUGUUGGGACAUGAUGGAGGUUUACCCAUUACAAAAGUGAUCAUAGAAUGUCACAAAGGAAAUGACAAAACUGUAGUUAAGAAAGGAACUUCAACUAACUUUGAGCAUCCCAACUGUACUGCAGCUGAAUUGACUGGUCUUACUCCUGGAACAACAUACGUGUGUCAGCUGUUUGCAGAAAAUGCUGUUGGUCGUAGUGAUGGCAGCAGUUCAUUUGAAAUUAAAACUAUUGCAUCAGUACCUGCUACACCUGAUCUGGAUCCCCAACCUGUUCAAGUUACUGAAACUACACUAACGGUUAGUUGGACUGUCGACUAUAAUGGUGGAGAGUCAAUCACUAGGUAUACAGUGAGAUGGAGACUUGCAUCUAGUACUAGUGAUAGCGAUUGGUCAACACCACAUCCUUUGACAACUGGUUUGUCACAAGAAGGUGGUGAGCAUACAUUGGAUGGUCUUCAGAGAAAUGCACAAUAUUCUGUAGAAGUUAUUGCAAUAAACAAGAAAGGAUCAAGCGAACCUGGUAGAAACGUAUACACAACACUAUGCUUUCCUGGUCAGAUUACUCAGGUUGAAAAAGUAGAAUUAAAUAGAGAAGACAAUCCAUCCACAACUGUCAAGCUCUCAGUCACUAUUCCAGAUGACAAAGGUUGUAGUGAAAUUACUAAUUACAUUGUCACAGAUGUUGCUACUGGGGAAGAACUAACAUCAGAAAUUGUUGCGAGUGGUGAUGGUAAAGUGACUCUUGAAGUGUCAGGGUUGGACGCUGAUAAAGAAUACAAACUGCAGGUGUCGGUCAGUAAUUCAAAUGGUGAUAAAAGUCCAGCAUCAGCUGCACUUACUAUUAAAGCCAAACCGUUUAACGAGUCUACAAAUGCACCAGUUAGGAAUGAUGAUGAUGGUCUUUCAGCAGGCAUUAUUGCUGGUUCAGUCUCUGCAGUUGUAGUGGUAAUCAUUCUCAUCGUUUCUGGUGUGAUAUUGAUAUUGCAUAUACACAGAAAGAACAGCUACAAUGUGGAUAGCCCUAGUCAUGAGACAAAGAUGGAAAUGAGAAGUCAGACAUACGAGGAUCCUUUGCAGUCUACACGUUCAGACACAGUGAUGCAACAAUCUAGUGCAUAUGGCAUAUGCAUAGCGGGAGGGGAGAGAAGAGGGCUUGACUCUGAAAUAAGGAUGCAAGAAUCACGAGCAUAUGAAGUGGUUCCCUCCCGAAUGGCAGCUACAGCUUUUCAGGUUAUUUGACAGUGUCCAAGAUGUCGCAAUGAAUGUACUUGUAUGCUAUUGAUAAUUCAGUUUUUAGAAUUUUUUAUAUUGUAUGUUAUAGUAUACUAGCUGCUUGUGCAGACAUAUAUUGUGUACACUACAUUGCCAGCUGCAUGCUGCAGUAGAUGGUUGCCCAUUGACUAACUUGUGGAUAUUGGAGUUUGAAUUGUUUAGUUGGUAGUAAUCAAGACCUAAUUUAAUAGCGGGUGCAGUUUGUAAUUAUUCUUACCUCACACCAUCAGAAUCAAACAGACAGGCAGACAGA